ACAAGAAUUCUAAGAACUACAGUUAGUAGGAGUAUAAAUUCUCUUCCCUUUAUUCUUAGGAUGGCUUGAGUCUUUUUUAUCCUUUAGAGGUCAGUUUAACAGAGAAGGCUUCUCACCCUAACUCAUGUUGAGUGCCUGUCGUUCUCUGUUCCUCGUUACCAUCUAGUCUUCCUUAGAAGUUUACAUAUUUACAUACUUGUUUGUAAUCUGUCAGCCUUGUCAGAAUAUAAGCUCCAUGAGAGCAGGUUCCAUGUCCACCUUAUCACCGCUAUAUCCCAGGUGCCUAGCACACAAAACUGCCAACGUUUGCUUAAUGAAACUUAGGGCCUCUCGUGAAGAGCAUAUAUUUGAAACAAAAACUGUAUGCAUUUUUUUCUUAGUUUUUUUCCCAGUUUUAUGUGUAAAUGAAAGAAUUGUUUUUGAGCCUCAUUACUGUUGGGCGACGGCUGCGUCUUACAUAAACGUUUCCUUUGUUACAUGAAGUCCACAUUUACACAAUAAUUACACCCCCAGCCCCCGGCCCUCCCCAGGGCCAGUACCUUACCCACAUUUGACCCGUGUUCCUGCCGUAGUUUGAGAGCUUUGGGAUCUUUUUUUUUUUUCCUCACACUGAUUUGAACCCUGGCAGCUUGGGCCUAAUUUACAAAGCAGUCAAGUAUAUAACUGUAAAAGGAAAAACGUGAGGGUGCUCGAUCUCAAAACUUAGUCCCGAAGCUCCACGUCCGACGAAUUCGACGCGCGUCUGUGCCGGGGCUUUGCCCCAAGAGGCGGCUGCCGUGGGGCGGCCUCGGGGACCGGGCGCAGCCUGCCUUCUCCGCUUGGGCCACGGGCCACGGGCCACGGGCCACGCUUACUUCCCGACUGUCGGGCGCGCCCGUGCGCGUGCGAGUGCGAGUGCGAGUGCGGACUCGGAGGUGCGCCUCCGGGGCGUAGCCGAGCGGUUUGAACCAGCGAAUCCGCGUCCACCUACACCUUCCACCUCUGCUCCGCUCGGCAGAUGCUGCGCCGGGUGGCUCGAACCCGCAGGUCCUGACCCGGUGCCGGGACAGCCCGGGGCGGGCCCUUCUUCCCGGGGGCGGGGGGGUGGCGAGGAUGAAGUCGACAAAACUGAAGCGGGUCUCGAGCCGAGCGCCGAAGCGCAGCCGGAGGGAGGCUCCAGCGCGCAGGAGAGGCAGAUGUUGGAUGAAAAUAACCAUCUUAUUCAGUGUAUAAUGGACUAUCAGAAUAAAGGAAAGACCUCAGAGUGUUCUCAGUAUCAGCAGAUGUUGCAUACGAACUUGGUCUACCUUGCUACAAUAGCAGAUUCUAAUCAAAAUAUGCAGUCUCUUUUACCAGCACCACCCACACAGAAUAUGCCUAUGGGUCCUGGAGGGAUGAAUCAGAGCGGCCCUCCCCCACCUCCACGCUCUCACAACAUGCCUUCAGAUGGAAUGGUAGGUGGGGGUCCUCCUGCACCACACAUGCAGAACCAGAUGAACGGCCAGAUGCCUGGGCCUAACCAUAUGCCUAUUCAGGGACCUGGACCCAGUCAACUGAAUAUGACAAACAGUUCCAUGAACAUGCCUUCAAGUAGCCAUGGAUCCAUGGGAGGUUACAACCAUUCUGUGCCAUCAUCACAGAGCAUGCCAGUACAGAAUCAGAUGACAAUGAGUCAAGGGCAACCAAUAGGAAGCUAUGGCCCCAGACCAAAUAUGAACAUGCAACCAAACCAAGGUCCAAUGAUGCAUCAGCAGCCUCCUUCUCAACAAUACAAUAUGCCACAGGGAGGUGGGCAGCAUUAUCAAGGCCAGCAGCCCCCCAUGGGAAUGAUGGGUCAAGUUAACCAAGGCAAUCAUAUGAUGGGUCAGAGACAGAUUCCUCCUUAUAGACCACCUCAACAGGGCCCACCACAGCAGUACUCAGGCCAGGAAGACUAUUAUGGGGACCAAUACAGUCAUGGUGGACAAGGUCCUCCAGAAGGCAUGAACCAGCAAUAUUACCCUGAUGGUCAUAAUGAUUACGGUUAUCAGCAACCGUCGUAUCCUGAACAAGGCUACGAUAGGCCUUAUGAGGAUUCCUCACAACAUUACUACGAAGGAGGAAAUUCACAAUAUGGCCAACAGCAAGAUGCCUACCAAGGACCACCUCCCCAACAGGGAUAUCCACCCCAGCAGCAGCAGUACCCAGGGCAGCAGGGCUAUCCAGGACAACAGCAGGGCUAUGGCCCUUCGCAGGGUGGUCCAGGUCCUCAGUAUCCUAACUACCCACAAGGACAAGGUCAGCAAUACGGGGGUUAUAGACCAACACAGCCUGGACCACCACAGCCGCCACAGCAGAGGCCUUACGGAUAUGACCAGGGACAGUAUGGAAAUUACCAGCAGUGAAGAAGUACUUACAUUCCAAUAGCCAGUAUCUAUUAGCAGCCAUAUUGUCACCUCAGCACUGUGGACACCUCUGUGUGAAGAGAUCCUUCCAUUCCAUCUAGUUUUUGGAAAAACUUUGUGGAUAAGUGGCUGUUUCAUCAGUAAGCAGCCUUUGUGGCUUAGUUGUAAAGGCUUUAGUAGCUAAAAAAUACUCUUGAUUUCACAUUUCUACUCUAGAUGGCAACAUUGGACAGAAAAUACAAUGACAUAACCAAUUUGCAAUGAUUUGGGAACUGUGUUUCAAAUGGACUGUUACAGACUGAAAGGUGUGAACAGCUUUGUAUGUUUAUGAAGGUUAAGGGAAUUUAAUACUUUUCCACAGAUUCUUUUGUAAGGGGAAGAGGGAAAUGUACACUUUUUACAGCAGCAAUAUUUUGUAUAUUAUGUUUAUUUCAUGUGGUGAAUAUGCAAGGCGGUACACUACGCGUUGGACAGAAUCAGAAAUCCUCUGUUAAUGUGGAUUGGAGCUUGGUGGAUGCUUGAUUGUGUUGGUCUCAAAAUGGUGUACUAUAGAAGAUAAAGGUGAGGGAGAAGACAAAGCACACCAUAUGUCCACUAUUAUGUUCUUUAGAGGAAAUUCAGAUCCCUUUUAUCUAUUAGAUAAUCAAGGGCACUGUGAUAGUUUUGAGUAAAAAGACAUUUUUUAAAAGCUUUCCAGUUUUGUGGAUUAAAACCUUUUUAUAAAGAUCAUUUAUAAUACAGUUUUAAAAUGUGAGGCAAUAAGAAUGACUUCAUGUGGGAUCUGAAAAAUCUUGGUAGCAGUUUCAUAUAAAUGAAGUGGUGAUUCUUCUAAAAUAGCAAUAACUGAAAAUGGAAAUGUUAAUUUUACUUUAAGUAAUCAGGGAACUUAGAAAUAUCAAAGCAUUUUUUAAAUGGUAUCAAGAAGAGUCAACAUUGAUCCAGUAAUUUUAUUUUUUAACAUUAAAAGGAUAAUUGGUUUAUAUAAUAGAAUAGUUCAGGAGACUUUACAAAUCUUUAUUUCAGCUUUCUUCACUGGAAAUAAUGCCAUUUAUAAAGGGACACUUAAGUUUUUCCCUUUUUAUGUUGGUUAAUAUAACAAAGAGAUGUUUAGGAAAAUGCUUAUUGACGAGGUUUAUUCUGAUCUGUAUUAAAAGCAUAGAGGUUGCAUUCUAGAUCACUUUAUUAGUGUGGCAUAUUUAAUCAUAUUCAAGAGUGUCCUGUGCCUGAUUAUUUUAGCUAAAUUCAGGGAUAUUGCAUUGGGCAGGAAAUCAUGCAUUGAGAAGUUUAUAACCACAAUUAUUUAAGCAUAAUCUGAAAACAUCUAGCCUAAAGGUAAGUUGCUAUUUUCAUCACAGUUGCCUAUGCCCAGGGAAUAAGAUGUAUUCUUUAUAAUUGAAUUGUUUUUUCCCCACUUCUAACUGGAAACAAAGCAGAAGGGGUGCCAUAAAUUUGAAUAAGCAAAAUGUACUGUUUCAACAUACUGUAAUCAAAAGGAGGAAUUUUAAUAUGUUUCUGUGUGUGUAUGAAAGAGAGUAUGUGUGUUUUAAGGUCUGAAUAGAGUUUUUUUUCAACUUGGUCAGUAGAAAAUGGACAUCAAAUUUGAACAGAUAAAGCAUGGACAGCCUUAUUGUGAUUGAAAAUGCUUAUAGGUUCUGUGCCAAUUUUCCACCACUGUGUACUUUGUUGCUAUUUAAAACUGUAUCAACUCUAACGGAAGAAUAAAUUAUUUGUGAUUUUAA